GUCUGUCGUGCGCUGGCUGCUGCUUUUCUGCUGCUGGAAGCGGCCAAGGGGGUAAGCGACGAGUCAACAUGGAGCUUUCUGCGGUCGGGGAGCGGGUGUUCGCGGCCGAAGCCCUCUUGAAGCGGCGCAUCAGAAAAGGACGAAUGGAAUACCUCGUCAAAUGGAAAGGCUGGUCUCAGAAGUAUAGCACCUGGGAACCGGAAGAAAACAUACUGGAUGCCCGACUCCUGGCAGCCUUUGAGGAAAGGGAACGAGAGAUGGAGCUGUAUGGCCCCAAAAAGCGGGGUCCCAAGCCCAAAACCUUCCUCCUCAAGGCACAGGCCAAGGCUAAAGCUAAAACCUACGAGUUCCGAAGUGACUCAGCUAGGGGCAUCAGGGUCCCCUACCCAGGACGAUCUCCCCAGGAACUUGGCUCCACUUCUCGAGCUCGAGAGGGACUUCGAAACAUUACCCUGUCCCCACCUGGGAGCAGCAGCAGCACCAGCACCAGUAGCACCUGCCGAGGGGACUCAGCUCGGGAACGGGAACGGGACCGGGACCGAGACCGAGGGACUGGGAGACCCGAUGACAAACCUAGCUCCCCAGGGGAUAGCUCAAAGAAACGAGGUCCCAAACCCCGGAAGGACCUUCGGGACCCUUCCCAGCGGACCUCAGGGGAGCCAGGGGACAGUCUUGGGGACUACCUCAAAGGGAGAAAGAUGGAGGAUAACCCCUCUGGGGUGAGCAAGUUCACAGCUGGGCACAGUGUAAUCCAGCUGGCCCGAAGGCAAGACGCAGACCUGGCCUGCACAGUGGCUAGUCCCAGUGGAGGUGAGGCUGUGGGCAAACUGGCUGUGGACAACUACCCACCCAGAGUCAUAAAACACAGGGCGGAUUUUCUGGAAGCUAAAGGCCAGAGUGGCUUGGACUCUGGAGGCCCUCGGGUCCGACAUGGCUCAGGCAACCCAGGUUCUGUUGGGAACUUGUAUCGGGACAUGGGGGCGCAAGGGGGUAGGCCCUCCUUGAUUGCCAGGAUCCCUGUAGCCAGAAUCCUUGGGGACCCUGAGGAGGAAUCCUGGAGUCCAUCCCUGACCAACCUGGAGAAGGUGGUGGUCACUGAUGUGACCUCAAACUUUUUGACCGUCACCAUUAAGGAAAGCAACACGGACCAAGGUUUUUUUAAGGAGAAAAGAUGAAUUUCUGGAGUCCAGCCAGAGAGAAAGCAGGAGGAAGUGAAAGACAGAGAGAAAGGAAAUUUGGCAUAGUACUUUUUAUUUCUGGAUGGGAUUUAGCCAAAGUGCUGAUCCUUUCCUUUCACACCCCUCUUCCAUCCCCAGUCCAUCCCCAGUGUUGGUUGGAAAGAUUAUCUCUAGAGUUAUAUUUUCUAUUAGAUGUAAAUAUGUUAUUUAAGAAAAUAUCUAAAUAUAUAUAUAUAUAUAU